AUGAUGGGCGAUGAAGAUGACGUUGAAGAUAUGCCAUUUGACGAUGAUGGUGAAAUUUCAAGUGAUCAGUGGCAGGAAGCUUGCUGGGUAGUUAUAUCUGCAUAUUUUGAUGAAAAGGGUUUGGUACGUCAACAGCUUGAUAGCUUUGACGAAUUUAUUCAAAUGAACGUUCAACGAAUUGUGGAGGACUCACCGCCUGUAGAGUUGCAGUCAGAAGUUCAACAUUUUUCAGGUGAUGCUGAAAAUCCUACAAAGUUCUCUUUAAAAUUCGACCAAAUUUAUCUUUCAAAACCAACCCACUGGGAAAAAGAUGGCGCUCCAACUCCCAUGAUGCCUAAUGAGGCGAGAUUAAGAAACCUAACUUAUUCCUCCCCUUUGUACGUCGAUAUUACGAAGACAAUGUCUCGUGAAGGGGAAGAACCUCGUGAUAUGAAAUAUGAAAAGGUCUUUGUGGGGAAAAUACCAAUAAUGCUAAGGUCAUCGUAUUGUAUGCUUUCGAAUAUGUCUGACCGUGAUUUGACGGAACUUAAUGAGUGUCCACUAGAUCCAGGAGGCUAUUUUAUAAUUAACGGCUCUGAAAAAGUUUUGAUCGCGCAAGAAAAAAUGGCAACAAAUACUGUGUAUGUGUUUUCAAUGAAGGAUAGCAAAUACGCUUAUAAAGCUGAAUGUAGAUCUUGCUUAGAAAAUUCCAGUCGUCCCACUUCAACAAUUUGGGUGAAUAUGUUAGCCAGAGGUGGUGGUGGCGGUAAGAAGACUGCGAUGGGCCAGAAGAUCAUUGCAAUCCUUCCUUACAUUAAGCAAGAAAUCCCUGUUAUGAUUGUUUUUCGUGCCUUAGGGUUCGUAUCAGAUCAUGACAUUUUGGAACAUAUAAUAUAUGAUUUUGAAGAUCCAGAAAUGAUGGAGAUGGUUAAGCCCAGCCUCGACGAAGCCUUUGUUAUACAAGAGCAAAACGUGGCUUUGAAUUUUAUCGGUGCACGUGGUGCGAAACCAGGAGUAACCAAGGAGCAGCGUAUAAAGUAUGCGCGCGAGAUUCUUCAAAAAGAGAUGCUGCCUCAUGUUGGGAUAUCAGAUUUUUGCGAAACUAAAAAAGCUUAUUUCAUUGGUUACAUGGUACACCGAUUACUCUUAGCUGCUUUGGGCCGUCGAGAAUUGGAUGACAGGGACCACAUCGGGAACAAACGUCUAGAUCUUGCCGGACCACUUCUUGCUUUUUUAUUUAGGGCUUUAUUCAGGAAUUUAUUGAAAGAGGUAUUCGAAAGUGGUUUUGAAGAGGUGCGGUUGACUGCUCAAAAGUACAUAAACAAAAAUGGCGACUUUAAUUUGGAUGUAUGUGUCAAAACCUCAACUAUCACUAGAGGCCUUGCAUAUUCGUUGGCAACUGGUAAUUGGGGUGAUCAGAAAAAAGCUCAUCAGUCGAGAGCCGGAGUGAGCCAGGUCUUAAAUAGGCUAACGUAUACUGCUACACUUUCUCAUCUUCGAAGAUGCAACUCUCCAAUUGGUCGUGAGGGUAAGUUAGCCAAGCCAAGGCAAUUGCAUAAUACACAGUGGGGUAUGGUUUGCCCUGCUGAAACACCAGAAGGACAGGCAGUGGGAUUAGUGAAGAACCUUGCACUUAUGGCUUACAUAUCUGUUGGUAGUAUGCCUGAACCAAUUCUUGAGUUCUUGGAAGAAUGGUCGAUGGAAAAUUUAGAAGAAGUCGCACCAUCUGCUAUUGCUGAUGCAACAAAAAUAUUUGUCAAUGGUGCCUGGGUAGGGAUUCAUCGAGAACCGGAACAGCUUAUGGCUACAUUAAAAAAACUCCGGAGAGAGAUGGAUAUCAUCGUUUCGGAAGUGUCGAUGGUUCGUGAUAUUCGUGAUAGGGAAAUUCGAAUUUAUACUGACGCUGGGCGCGUCUGUCGCCCGCUUCUUAUUGUCGAUGAACAUCAGAACUUGGCUUUGAAAAAGAAACACAUUGAUCAGUUGAAAGAUCCUGCAAUCAAUUAUUCCUGGUCUGACCUUGUGGCUGGAGGUGUUGUUGAAUUAAUUGACGCUAUGGAAGAAGAGACCGUUAUGUUGGUCAUGACUCCUGAAGAUUUGAAGUCUGGUGGGUACUGUGAUUCUUACACUCAUUGCGAGAUUCAUCCAGCUAUGAUAUUGGGAGUCUGUGCCUCUAUUAUUCCUUUUCCUGACCACAACCAGAGUCCUAGGAAUACAUAUCAAAGUGCUAUGGGUAAACAGGCUAUGGGCGUUUACACCACCAACUUCCACGUCCGAAUGGAUACACUGGCUCAUGUCUUGUAUUAUCCUCAGAAGCCUUUAGUCACAACGCGGUCUAUGGAGUAUCUUAGGUUUAACGAGCUUCCUGCUGGAAUUAAUGCUGUCGUAGCCAUCUUGACUUACACGGGCUACAAUCAGGAAGAUUCAGUCAUUAUGAAUUCGUCUGGGAUUGAUAGGGGUUUAUUUAGAUCGGUCUUUUAUCGUUCAUACAGAGAUCAGGAAGCAAACUUAGAUAAUGCAAAUGAAGAGCUUAUUGAGAAACCAACUAGGGAAAAAUGCUCGGGGAUGCGCCAUUCUCUUUAUGACAAGUUAGACGAUGAUGGCAUUAUCUCUCCAGGGAUGCGUGUUUCUGGUGACGAUGUAAUUAUAGGGAAAACUAUAUCAUUACCUGAUGUUGAGGAUGACCUGGACGCAAACGCCAAGAAAUACACGAAACGCGACGCAAGUACAUUUUUGAGAAGCAGCGAAACCGGAAUUGUUGAUCAGGUUAUGCUUACUUUGAAUACUGAUGGCAAUAAAUUUGUCAAAAUUCGUGUUAGAUCAGUUCGACUGCCACAAAUUGGCGACAAGUUUGCGUCGAGACAUGGCCAGAAGGGUACAAUGGGUAUGAUGUACAGACAGGAGGAUAUGCCAUUUACCAACGAGGGAAUCACUCCAGAUAUUAUUAUCAACCCUCACGCAGUUCCGUCUCGUAUGACAAUUGGCCAUUUAAUCGAAUGCUUACAAGGGAAGCUCUCUGCUAAUAAAGGAGAAAUUGGUGAUGCAACGCCUUUUAAUGAUACUGUUAACGUACAAAAGAUCAGCAACUUAUUACAAGAAUAUGGUUAUCAUUUAAGAGGGAAUGAGGUUAUGUAUAAUGGGCAUACUGGAAGGAAGUUGACUACACAGGUGUUUUUGGGACCAACUUAUUAUCAGCGGCUAAAGCAUAUGGUUGACGAUAAAAUUCAUUCUCGUGCACGAGGUCCUGUUCAGAUGAUGAACCGACAGCCUAUGGAGGGUAGAGCUAGGGAUGGCGGUUUACGAUUUGGUGAAAUGGAACGUGACUGUCAAAUAUCCCAUGGUGCGGCGCAAUUUUUACGUGAGCGCCUGUUUGAAGUUUCGGAUCCUUACCAUGUAUACGUUUGUAAUAAUUGCGGGCUUAUUGUUAUUGCUAAUCUUCGAACGAACUCGUUUGAAUGCAAGGCUUGCCGCAAUAAAACGCAAGUUUCUGCAGUACGUAUUCCUUAUGCGUGUAAAUUAUUGUUUCAAGAGUUAAUGUCGAUGUCAAUAGCGCCUCGUCUAAUGGUUUCUUGA